UUUGCGAACGGCGCGACCGUUACGGUCCUUCGGCUCCCCGGCACGAGAGGCGAGUAGACUGUGAAACUGACAAAAGCGCGGCGCCAUAUUGCGAGCUUGUGUUUGGUUAGCGUUUCUGGCGCGUGGUGAAGAAGUUUGUUGUAAUUUAAUUGAAUAACGAUGUCCGACAAUCAGGAACAGAAACCCGAAGCCGGCCCGGGCGACGCGAAUUCAGAGUACAUCAAGCUCAAAGUCGUCGGAAACGACAGCAACGAAAUUCACUUUAGGGUAAAGAUGACCACUCAGAUGGGCAAGCUGAAGAAGUCCUACAGUGAUCGCGUGGGUGUACCUAUGACAUCGCUUAGGUUUCUCUUUGACGGUAAAAGAAUCAACGACGAUGAAACACCAAAGCAGCUGGAAAUGGAAAAUGACGACGUCAUCGAAGUAUAUCAAGAGCAAACAGGUGGUCGUUAACUAAGUUAGGAAGAGGAGGAUCAUUUCGUUCUAAUAUUUUAUAAAGUGAAAGUGACUAUUCUAACAAAGAAAAAAACAAAAAGAUGGACAAGUUUAUAAGUAUGCAUACACACACAAAUACACAUACGUACACACACACACACAUAUAUACACGUACAUACAGAUAAUUAAACAAUAUGUAAUUUCCUGAUUUCACAUACGAUAUCGUAUAAAAUGUGUUGUCUUACAUUCCUGUACCGAGGCGAAUCGUUAUCCGGGGAGAUUGGACCACGAAUCCCCGGAUCGUUUUGUAAAACGCGCGUGCGGGCAGUCGUGUCGUAAUAUUGCAUACUGUGUGUCCGUUUCCGUGUGUGUCGUCAGGGCAAUUCUUCAGAAAUAGAAUAAUUAUUAACGCCAUUAUAAAUACAUUUGGCAUUUCGCAAUGCUCCCUGCCCAUUCGAAACUUGUCCCCAGAGAUCUCGGGUUUUUUUUUCCAAAUUUUUCUUUUCUGCUCCUUUUUAUGAAUACAGAAAACGAUGUGUAUAUGAUAUAACGAAAAUUGUUACGUUUAAGGUACACUAAAAGUAGUAAUUGUAAAACGCGCGCUUUCGAAGAACUGCAACCGAGCAGCUUCCAUCGCGUUUGCGCCUGGGAGUAUUCAUAAUUGGCAUAAAUCAUUUCAUUCUCUUAGAUAAUCUAGCAAUAUUUUUAAUUUUUACUAACCGUAAUACAUGCACUUUUGAACAUAAUAAUAAUGAUAAAUAUAAAUGUUCUCCAGAGAAAUACGUUCGCAGAUAGUUUUUCCCCCAACCGUAAUGUUGCUUAUCUUUGCAAUAAAAAUACCAAAUUUAUAUGUAUAAACGUAUGAUAUAAAACUCAUGUAUCUCAAAUUUAUAAAAUAAAAUAUCAAGAGAAAGGUGAAAAA